UAGACGGUUCAGAGCUAAAGCCCCGGCCACAACAGCGACCGACGACUCCCCUCCCCGCCGAUUGGAGUUGCGUGUUCCAUUCAGGUAUCUUAAGGAAGCAAUGAGUUCUUCACCGUCCUUGGAGAUUUUAGUUAGAGAUGCUCAAGGUUUCUUUGUGUGGAAUGGUCCUCCAUUCAGUAAUGGUCAACCAACUCUCAAGCUUGAACGAGUUUCAUGCUCCAACACGAAGUUCAGUGUUGAUGGAUCAAAGAUUAUGGCGAUGAAAUCAGAUGGAAUCAUCACUAUCUAUGAUUCCACCAGCUUGACAGAAGUGCGGUCGUUCACUAUAGCUAAUGUUACCACUGCUGAGCUAUCUCCAUGCGGGACUUAUCUUCAGACUUUUCAAAAACCCACUACUCCACAGGAGAAGAACGUCUCUGUUUGGAAUAUUGAGACAGGAGAUCUAGCACAUAGUCAUUACCAAAAAUCCAUUACUAAAACCACAUGGCCAUCGAUUCGCUUCUGUCCUGAUGAAUCUUCCGCAUGCCGAUUGGCUACAAACGAGAUUCAUUUCUUUGACCCGAAAGAUUUCUCGAAAGGAAUAACAUCCCGGAUCAGAGUUCCUGGGGUUGCUGCAUUUGAGCUUUCUAAAACGCCAGCUUCCCAUAUUGCUGUGUUUGUUCCAGAAUCAAAGGGGAGUCCAGGCAGUGUCCAGAUAUUUGGAUGUGGGAAAGAUAUGCAGAGUCAGCCAAGUGCUCGACGUAGCUUUUUCCGUUGUUCUUCUGUGCAGUUUAGUUGGAACCACGGUUCCACUGGACUCUUAGUGGUUGUACAAUCAGAUGUUGACAAGACCAACCAAAAUUAUUAUGGGGAAACAAAGCUACAUUACCUUACAAUAGACGGCACACAUGAGGGCCUUGUUCCAUUACGUAAAGAAGGACCAGUUCAUGAUGUUCAGUGGUCCUAUUCUGGUUCAGAGUUUGCAGUUGUAUAUGGCUUUAUGCCUGCUUGUGUGACAAUUUUUGACAAGAAUUGCAAACCCUUGAUGGAACUUGGCGAAGGUCCUUAUAACACUCUUCGAUGGAACCCAAAAGGGAGAGUUUUGUGUGUGGCUGGAUUCGGUAACUUGCCUGGUUAUAUGGCGUUCUGGGAUGUUGUCAACAAGAAGCAGAUAGGAAGUAAUAAAGCUGAGUGUUCUGUAACAAGUGAAUGGUCUCCGGAUGGGCGUUAUUUCUUGACUGCCACAACAGCACCAAGACUUCAAAUUGACAAUGGGUUGAAAAUCUUCAACUACGACGGAAAGCCUUAUUUCAAGAAGAUGUUUGAGAGGCUGUAUCAGGCUGAAUGGAAACCAGAGUCACCGGACAGGUUCGGUGAGAUCAGUGAACUUAUCAAGUCAGUUGAAUCAUUGAAACUCGGCGACGGAAAAUCGCAAGGACAAGGAUCAGCUCAGAAGAAACCUAUUGUUCCCAACGAUUUUGCAAAGAAACCGGCUGCAUAUCAACCCCCGCAUGCUAAGCACGCAGCUGCUAUUCAAGCUGAGUUGCUUGGAGGAAGCAGUGCAGGAGAGAUGAGCAAGAACGCUCUUAAAAACAAGAAGAAGAGGGAGAAGAAGAAAGCGGCCGAGGCUGCUGCUGCUUCUGGUGCUAACAACGCAUGACUGAAGAAGUCACAUUCAGAUAUGAAAUAUGAAUUGAGAUUACAGUUUUGAGAUUCUCGGAUGGUAAUAAAGAUUCAAUAGAACAGGCAGAAACCGUUAUGUAAACCGCUGUUUUUUUUCCUUUACAUUUUUCUUAUCAGUUGUUUAACCCGCCAAAAUCAGAACAACAUUAUCACAAUUUCAUUAUUGUGAUGUUAAAACCCAAGACUAAUAUGCCGUAAAACUGCAUAGUUUCAUUGUUUU